GAAAUAAAGUUAGUUUCUUGGCUAUCACUCCAUGGAGGCCUUAGAUGUAUAAGUACACUGCACAUACCUUCCAUGAAGUAGGCCUGUUACAUUAAAUCCUUCACAUUCAAGCCAUCUCUUCAUUUCUUUUUCUUUUAUAUUCUUUUGUUCUUCAAAAGGGUAUUCAAAUUUUUAUUUGUAUUUAAAAUUUGUUCUCCUGUUAUAGAUGUUCUUCACAGAGUGUUUUCAUUUCCUUUCAAAGUCCUCCAUUUUGUGUGAAUUCAGAUAUAAUUGAUCAGUCUCCUCUUUUAUAAGUAGUACCCAAUCCAAGAGUCAUUUGACACUGCACACACACACACACACACACACACACACACACACACACAGACAAUUAUGGCUGAAACAGCCAAGUACAUGUUGGAGAAUGAUUUUGGCUGUGGUUUAGUAGGAGCAAUCUUCCAGCGUCGGAGCUCCAAGGCAAGCAAAGCAUUGGUGCGACCACUUCCAUCAAAUCGCGACAACAAUACAAUCAAGAAACCAAGCAUUCAAAAUCCCAAGAGGGAGCGAAGUGUCUCUGGUGAUGCUGCGAUUUUAGAUUCCUCUGAAUCGGCUAAACCUCCACCAAAACUAGAUGAAAAGCUGGUUACAACGCCUACUUUGGUUAAUCCGAGGCCUUCAAAUGCUGCAAGAAGCUCAAAGUCAUCAUCCCCAUACAGUUCAGGCCUUACGAAAGUGUCAGAAGCCCCUGCAGACAGCAGAAAGCUUAGAAGGGAGCCAACUUUCACCUCAAGCGAGCUGAGUAUGACGGUGUUUAAUCCCCGGUCCAAUGUAACCUCGGCUUCUUAUCCAGCUUCUUCAGGCAAUGUAAUGCCGUUAGGCCAUUUGGGUAAUUUGAAGCAGCUAGGGACUAAAAGUUCCUUAGCAAACAAUUCUCCUAACAUCACUCCUGGCACUCUGGAUUACCGGCAUAGGACUAUGCAACGGACAGGAAAUGGCAAAAUUGGUGGUACUGUGGGCAACAUUGUGAGGAGGCCUAGUGGCUCGAUGAAUAAAUUGGAUCCCGAGGCAUUGAAGUUGAUAGGAAAUGAGGAAUACAAGAAGGGCAGAUUCGAGGAGGCUUUGGCUCUUUACAAUCAAGCAAUUGCUCUUGAUUCAAGCAAGGCGUCUUGUUAUAGCAACAAGAGUGCAGCUUUGAUCUGCUUAGGCCGUCUUGUGGAGGCAGUCUUCGAGUGCAAAGAGGCCAUUCGGAUUGAGCCUUGUUAUCAAAGAGCUCAUCUUCGUUUGGCAAGGCUAUAUCUCAGAUUGGGAGAAGCAGAGAAAGCAUUGGACCACUACAUACAAUCAGGCCCCAAGGCUGAUUCUAAUGACAUCGCGCAAGCUCAAGCUCUUAUAAAACACCUCAGUAGGUGCAACGAAGCUCGGGAACUAAGAGACUGGAACACAUUGCUAAAGGAAAGCCUAUGUGCAGUAAGCUCUGGUGCUGAUUCUUCUCCACAGAUCUAUGCAAUGCAAGCAGAGGCAUUGUUGAAGCUCCAUAGACAUCAAGAGGCCUGUGACACCAUUAGGAUGGAGCCGAAAUUCCAGAUUGAGUCUUUGGCUCAAUUGUUUGGUUCCGCUACUAGUGCUUAUCUGCUAAUAAUUCGAGCUCAGAUUUACAUGGUUGAUGGCAGGUUUGAGGAUGCUGUGGCUGUUGGUCAGCUUGCAGCUUGGCUAGAUUCAAGCAAUGAGGUCAAUGCUGCAGUAAGGAGGCUAAGAGAAAUGGCAUCAGCGCGGGCAAAUGGAAACCAGCUCUUCAAGGCAUCAAAAUUCACCGAGGCCUCUAUUGCGUAUAGUGAAGGAUUAGAUCAUGAUCCAUACAACUCAAUUCUGCUAUGCAAUCUAGCAGCUUGUCGAUCUAAGUUAGGCCAAUUCGAGAAAGCCAUAGAAGAUUGCACUGCAGCACUCAAUGUCCGGCCCUCUUAUAGCAAGGCCAGACUUCGCAGGGCUGAUUGCAACGCCAAGUUGGAAAGAUGGGAGGCUGCAAUUCAAGACUAUGAGACAUUGAUACGAGAAACUCCGGGAGAUGAGGAGGUUGGCAAGGCUUUGUUUGAGGCUCAGGUCAAUCUCAAGAAGCAGCAUGGUGAAGACACUAAGGACCUGAAAUUGAGUUCUAAUCUGGUGCUCAUAUCUAGCAGUGAACAUUUCAAACACUUGGUAACAAGACCUGGGGUGUCUGUUGUGCUCUUCUGCAACAAAAUGUGCCACAAGCAAGUGUUGCAGCUCAUGGAGCAAGUUUGGAAGAGAUACCAAUCUGUCAACUUCCUCAAGGUGGAGAUUGAAGACCACCCCUACCUAGCAAAAUCAGAGGGUUUACGAACUAUUCCGGCCUUCCAGAUUUACAAUAACGGAUCAAAAAUCAAAGAAAUACCCGGGAACAACCCUGAAUUGUUAGAACAGUUGGUGAAAUCAUACAGCAGCUAAAGAGGGGAAAAAAAAUGCAAAAUCAAAGCUGAGAACAUUGUUUUCUAAGAAAGAGAUUGGAAGCAUAUUUAUCAAAACACAGAAAGAGUAAAGAAAGAGUCAAAGUGAGGUAACAUAUGCACUAACUGAACCCAAAAAAAAAAAAAAAAAAAAGGGUAAGAGGGGAAUUUCUUUUGUAUUGAUUAUGAAUAUCUGUAUAGUUGCUUCUUUCAUACUGUUUUGACAAAAGAAAUGCAAAUUGGUAGUGGAUUGCCUAUUUAUAUAUAUAACUGAUUGCUUAGUGGGUUGGUAAGAUAGUGCCCCACACUAAUUGUUCUUCUUAGCAUGAGCACAAACCAUGGUGGUUUAUGAUUAUUUUGAAUAUAUAUAUAUAUAUGUAUAUAUAUAUAUGUUGUCCUCAAUUGUUGACUAUGAAUCAAGAAUUCUCUUGGGAUUGAUAAUAUUUACAAAUAAUUCACUACUAUUGUAUAGUACAUGCCAAGCAACAUAACAGUUGAUGAAUCUUAAUUGUUACGUUUUUAUGUGUGUACAAUCUAAGCAAAUUUUGGUUGUUUUUUAAGAAACAAAACCCCUUGUGUGGAACUCCAAGGACUUAUCAGGUGGAUGUUUUGAAUUUCGACUUUUUAUGAGGGAUAGUCUUAUACGGAUAUUUCCUGAAUUAACGUAACAUUGGAAUCUGACACGUGUUCAAAGAGAAUUAGUGUCAGAAUCAUCCCACUCAGUUAAAAUAAUAGUAAUAAUAAUAGUAAAUUACAUAUAUGUUGG